CUUCAUUUCCGGCGAAUAACCUCGACAAAGUCAAGUGUUUGUUGCAUGAAUGGGCGGCAGCUUCCGUCUGACAUCUCUCUCUGUGCGAUCAUGUCUAUCCACGCUCCGCCAAUCCAGAUGUUAUAGCACCGGCUUUCGGCCGGCAUGGCGAUCCCUAAGCUCCUCCUACUCACGCCGUCCAGUUGCGCCUAGAUCCACGGCAGCAAACCUCUCCCCUCUCUCUUGUGCGCUUCAACGAUGGUACGCAACAGCCAAAACACCAAUCGUCGGUGACCUCGAACGACGCAUAGCCGCAAUCCCCAUCGAGCGAUUCCGCAAUUUCUGCAUCGUCGCCCAUAUCGACCAUGGCAAAUCUACGCUGUCCGACCGACUCCUCGAGAUCACGGGAACGAUUUCAUCCUCUCAAGCGAACAAGCAGAUCCUCGACACACUCGAAGUCGAGCGCGAGCGCGGCAUCACGGUCAAGGCGCAGACCUGCACCAUGCUCUACAACCACAAGGGCGAGGACUACCUUCUACAUCUUGUCGACACCCCGGGCCACGUCGACUUCCGUGCCGAGGUGACGAGGAGUUAUGCAAGUUGUGGUGGUGCAAUAUUGCUGGUCGAUGCAAGUCAGGGCAUACAGGCGCAGACAGUGGCCAACUUCUACCUUGCUUUCGCCGAAGGGCUGCAGAUUCUACCUGUGGUGAACAAGAUCGACAUGAACGCGGCGGACGUGCCGAGGGUGCUGGAGCAGCUCGAGUCGACGUUCGAGAUUGAUGCAAGCAAUGCGAUUGGCGUCAGUGCUAAGACGGGGUUGAACGUCAAGGACGUUUUGCCUGCUAUCGUGGAGGGCAUCCCCGGCCCCGUAGGUGAUGAGACCAAGCCGCUGCGCAUGUUGCUCGUGGAUUCGUGGUACGACAGUUUUAGGGGGGUGAUCUGUUUGGUGCGCAUCUUUGAUGGGACGGUCAGGGCUGGCGACAGUCUGUACAGUUUUGCGACGGGGCUCAAGUACACGGUUGGCGAAGUCGGCAUCAGGUAUCCGUUACAGACUCCCCAAACGGUCUUGAGAGCUGGGCAGGUCGGAUACAUCUUCUUCAACCCCGGCAUGAAAAAGAUCCAAGAUGCGAAGAUUGGAGACACAUUCACGACCAUCGGUCAAGAGCUCAAUGUCGAGCCGUAUCCCGGCUUCGAGGAGCCCAAGCCCAUGGUUUUCGUCGCUGCUUUCCCUACCGAUCCAGGAGAUUACCACCGUCUAGCCGACAGCAUCGGUCAUCUCGUCCUUAACGACCGUAGCGUCACACUUUUGAAGGACCACUCCGAGGCCCUCGGCGCCGGCUGGCGUAUCGGCUUCCUCGGCAGUCUGCACUGCUCCGUCUUCCAGGACCGACUGCGCCAGGAGCAUGGCGCGAACAUCAUCAUCACUGAGCCCGCCGUCAAGACUAAGAUCGUAUGGCGCGACGGAACGGAGAGCGUGCUUAACAGCCCAGCUGACUUCCCUGAAGGUGAGGAACACCGCGUCCGCGGCACCACCUACUACGAGCCCUUCGUCUUAGCCACCAUAACGCUCCCCGAGGAGUACCUGGGCCGCGCCAUUGAGCUGUGCGAGUCCAACCGUGGCGAGCAAGUCAGCCUCGAGAUUUUCCACGGCAUGCAGGUCAUUCUCAAGUAUCGACUCCCCACCGCCCAGCUCGUCGACGACAUGUUCGGCAAGCUCAAAGGUGCAACGAAAGGUUACGCAACCCUGGACUACGAGGAUGCCGGGUGGAGGCAGUCAGACCUGGUUAAGCUACAGCUAUUGGUCAAUAAGGAACCCGUCGACGCCAUCAGCCGCGUCGUGCACAGGUCACAAGUGGACCGCCUGGGCCGGGCCUGGGUCACCAAGUUCAAGCAGCACGUUCAGCGGCAGAUGUUCGAGGUGGUCAUCCAGGCCGCCGUGGGCAAGAAGAUUGUGGCCAGGGAGACGAUCAAGCCGUUCCGCAAGGAUGUCUUGGCCAAGCUACAUGCGAGUGAUAUCACGCGCAGAAGGAAGCUACUCGAGAAGCAGAAGGAGGGUCGGAAGAAGUUGAGGAGUGUGGGGAACGUGGUGAUUGAGCAGGAGGCUUUCCAGAAGUUUUUGACCAAGUAGGGUAGGGAUUAGAUCAAUGUACAUUACUUGUGUAUAUAUGGAGACGGGAUGUGUUGCAGGAUGUGUUGCACGUGAGAGUUGAAUGUGGACAACCUCGGGGCUAAGACGUCUGCGUGUAGAAAUAUGAUAUCCAACCGCCCAACGCAUUGUUGUACAUGACUAUGUAAAUGCCAGUUACUCCAGGC